CACCCCUGGCUGUGAUGGCUCUGGGCACAUCACCGGGAACUACGCUUCUCACCGGAGUCUUUCAGGUUGCCCGAGAGCAAAGAAGAGCGGCAUCAGGAUAGCACAGAGCAAGGAAGACAAAGAAGACCAGGAGCCCAUCAGAUGUCCCGUUCCCGGGUGUGAUGGCCAGGGCCACAUAACCGGGAAGUACGCCUCCCAUCGAAGCGCGUCAGGGUGCCCCCUGGCCGCCAAGAGACAGAAGGACGGGUACCUCAAUGGCUCGCAGUUCUCCUGGAAGUCGGUCAAGACGGAGGGCAUGUCGUGUCCCACGCCGGGCUGUGACGGGUCGGGGCACGUCAGCGGCAGCUUCCUCACACACCGGAGCUUGUCGGGGUGCCCACGAGCCACGUCAGCCAUGAAGAAGGCGAAGCUGUCUGGAGAGCAGAUGCUGACCAUCCGACAACGGGCCAGCAACGGUAUAGAAAACGACGAGGAAAUCAAACAGCUAGACGAAGAAAUCAAGGAGCUCAAUGAGUCCAACUCCCAGAUGGAGGCCGACAUGAUUAAACUGAGAACUCAGGUAACAAUCACCACGAUGGAGAGCAGCCUGAAGACCAUCGAAGAGGAGAACAAAGUGAUCGAGCAGCAGAACGAGUCCCUUCUCCAUGAGCUGGCCAACCUGAGCCAGUCCUUAAUUCACAGUCUAGCUAAUAUCCAGCUGCCACACAUGGAUCCAAUCAAUGAACAAAAUUUUGAUGCAUACGUGACUACUUUGACGGACAUGUAUACAAAUCAAGACCGUUAUCAGAGCCCAGAAAAUAAAGCCCUCCUGGAAAAUAUAAAGCACGCUGUGAGAGGAAUCCAGGUCUGAGCGGCUGCUGAGGUGGCGGGACCUUGUUGGAAGGGGGCCUCUUCCUCCUUGCUGCUGUGACUCGCCAGAAAGUGUCACAUACCUAUUUCUGUUGGAAACAGUGUUACGCUCACAAGACUUCAUGAUGAUUUUCUGUCUUGCUUUAAAGAUCGUUACCUGCAGAAUAGUUUUUGAAUACAUCCACAUUUUGUACGUUUUCAUAUGAGCUGACAUAGUGUGACAAAUGCCAUGUAAUGUUUAUGGCUGCUAAAGUCUGCACACCGGGGGGUAUAUAUAUUUCUGAAGAGGUAAGCUGAUCAAAAUAAAUAGAGUGUAAAUUCUUUUUAAUGCUUUAGUGAUUAAAUGUUUUAGUAUUUUGGACUGAAAUGGACAAAAAAAAAAAAAAA